AUGAAGCGGAAAGAGGACUGGAAGGAUGAGGUAAGGAAACAAAAUGUCAACAGAGGUUUACAAUAUAUAAGUAGAAAUGGAAAAGUGCAUAAUAAAAAACUACUGAAACCUUCAUGUCCUACAACCUGUAGAAAGAAAUGUUAUGAAAAAAUAUCCGGAGAGACUAGAUCAAAGAUAUUUAAAACGUUUUGGGAUAUUGGAGAUCAUUCCAGGCAGUGGGACUUUUUGACGAAGUAUGCUACCAAAGAAAUAAAGAAGAGGAUAACAACAGACAAGGAGAAUACUAAAAGACUGAGUACUAUUGCUUAUACUUUACCUAUUUACGAAACAGACAACGUUGUUAUAAGGAAUAUACCUGUAUGUAAAACAAUGUUUUUAAAUACCUUAUCUAUAAGUUUCAAUUUCCUUUAUACAGCUUUAGAAAAACUAGAGAAAGGACAAGGAGCUGUACAGUCUGAUCAGCGAGGAAAGCAUGUUCACCAUCAGAAAAAAAUAACUGAUGAAAUGAAACAAAGUGUGCUUGAUCAUGUUGCAAGUUUUUCGCCUGUGGAAUCGCAUUAUAUUCGUAAAGAUUCCAACAAGAAGUAUCUUGACAGGUCUCUAUCGUCUCCUAAAAUGUUUAGACUGUAUGAAGAAUGGUUUGAUUCCAGUAAGUACACAAAUAAAAUAACUAAUGUGCGGCAAUGUCGUGACAUUAUCAACAACAAUAUAAACAUUAGUUUCCAUAAGCCGAAAAAAGAUGUAUGUGAAGAAUGUCACAUAUUUGAAAAUAAUAAACAACACACAGAACAAGAAGCAGAAAAACAGGCAGAGGACUUGAAACAAAAAGAUUUAGCAAGACAGUUAAAAGCAGAAGACAAAGAAUUAGCGCAACAGAAUCCAGAAAUACUGACAGCCGCUUACGAUCUCCAAAAGUGCUUGAAUGUACCCCAUGGGAACGUAAGCACAUUUUAUUAUAAACGAAAACUGACCGUUUAUAAUUUUACUGUUUUUGAUCUAGGACAUCGUCAAGGUUAUUGCUUUGCCUGGCACCAACAAACUGCUAAAAGAGGAGCAAAUGAAAUUGCUAGCUGUGUUUUUAAAUUUAUUGAACAAACAGUUAUGGCAGGUAUAAAAGAUUACCGAUUCUGGUCUGAUAACUGCAGUGGUCAGAAUCGGAACAGAAUCGUUUUUUUAAUGUAUAUGAUGGCAAGUUAUAAAUACAAAAUAAAAAUUAGUCAUCGUUUUCUGAUUGUUGGUGACACUCAAAACGAGGGAGAUAGUAUGCAUGCGCUUAUAGAAAGACAGACGAAAGACAAAAUACUAUAUACGCCUGCCCAAUGGUACAUGGCGUUUCAAUUUGCUAAAACUGACGAUAAACCUUAUAAGGUCACCGAAGUGUCUCAAGAUAUUGUGAUGGACUUCAAAACAAUGCUUACAAAGGUUAACAACUGGAAUUUUGCCUGUGAUGGAUCUAAGAUGCAAUGGAAUAAAGUUACUGAAAUAAAAAUUGAGCCAGAAAAUCCUUACAAAUUAUGUUUCAAAACUAGUUACAUGGCAGAUUCUUAUAACUGUAUUGACUGUGCUAAUAAACCUAAAGCAACACGUAAUCAAACUGUCCCUAAUAUAGAUUUUCGUGAUCUUCGCCCAGCUUACAACAGGCCAAUCCCAAUAGAUAAAAAUAAACACAAAGAUUUAAUGGACAUGUGCAACAAAUUAGUGAUACCUAAGGAAUAUCACUUGUUUUUUUCUAGUUUGAUUAAGACUGACAGCAAUAGAAAUGAAAGCGAUUCAGAAUAAUUAAUAAUUUGUCUUUUUUCUUUGUUUAGAUUGUUUUUUUUCGUAGAUAAUUAUUAAGUACUUAGCUAAUAAGUACAUUUUUUGAGACUGAUUUUAUUUGAUACUCAGUA